UAUAAAAGGGCGGCAGAAUUGAAAGUGAGCACCUGCCACCUGCACCAUGAAGCGGGCUGGUGCUCUCGUGCUGCUCUGGACCACCUUGCUUCUGAUCCCAGGCAGAAAUUGUGACAUUUGCCCAGCCGUGAAGGAAGAUGUUAAUAUAUUCCUGACAGGAACCCCUGAUGACUAUGUUAAAAAAGUUUCACAGUACCAAAGCAAUCCUGUAAUAUUGGCCAAUGCUGAAAAGCUGAAGAACUGCAUUGAUAAGAAAUUGACAGCCGAGGAUAAGGAGAAUGCCCUCAGUGUGCUGGAGAAAACAUACUCAAGUGAUUUUUGUUAAUGGAGCCAUCCUUGCCAGGAGCCCCAAGGAAGUCACUUGCCUGAUCACUAAGUAGUCUGAGCAAUCUGCCAUGUCCGGGUGUCUGACUAGAAGAUUCCAGCAAUAAAAGCCUUGCAAUUCA